UAAAUUAUAAAUGAGUAACAAAGAGUGGAAAUUUGAUUUGUCAAAGCAAAGAGUUGAGAAUUUGCAUCCUCCUCUUGGAUUCAAGGCCAAUGUAGGAGAUGUUUCACUGAAGGUUGAUAGGAGACAAGGCCUAACCUCGAAAGAGCUGGAAGUAUUAACUACAAAGUCAUGGCAAGUAGCUAAGUCUCCAUUUCAAUCUAUCUUUAUGACUUUGUUCAUGUUCUGGAUGUCAGGAAGCAGCGUGAGUAUCUGGACACUUAUGAUUACCAUUUCCUUCCUGUUCAGUCCAGUCUCUCAGCUAUUCAAUGUGUCUACAGUGUUCGAGCCAUAUGAAGGAAAGAUUCCUCUGUUCUUACAGAAAGCUUGAUAUAUUGGUUUAUACUUGUUCGUUUUGGCUUGUGCUCUCUACAAGUUCUCUAUAAUGGGUGUCAUUCCAGAUAAGGCAAUCGACUGGCAGUACAUGGUUGGACAACAGAAAUUCCAUAAUGUGGCAUAUGGACUCUUUUAGG